AUCACGUAAACAAAAUUUAAGAAAUAAUUUUAAAAAUAUAGAACGCCGAUGGUCAUAUCACGCAUAAUUUGUGUUUAUUAAGAAUAUCCACCUAUUAUACAAAAUUAUUCUGUAAAAUGAUUUUUUUGUCACCUGCCAAUUUAGUUAAUAGUAUCUAGUAUAAAUUAUAUUUAAUUUUUUUUAUAUUUUUAAAAUUAACUGCUUUGGAAAAUUGCUAAUGUAUUCAUUUUAUUAUUUUUAUCAUGUCAAUGAGAAUGAGAAUUAUACAACUUAAACGAAAUAAAUCUACUCGAAUUGUAGUUGGCUUGGUCAUCAUUAUUGUGCUUUUAUUUGCCUUAUUUAAACGUUCAGAAAAUAUAAAAAAUUCUCAUUUACCAUCAUUUAGUAGAUAUUCAAGGCAGUCUAUUGAAUCUCCGUUAUAUCGCGAGGGAAUUCUUGGUAACUAUGAACCAAAAAUCCCAGUUCCAGGGUCAGGUCCAGGUGAAGGAGGAAAACCUUACAGAGUUCCAAGUAACAGAGAAAAUGAAGCACUCCAGGGUAUAUCAGAGUAUGGUAUGAAUAUGGCCUGUUCAGAAGAUAUUUCUCUCAAUCGAACUAUUCCAGAUUUACGGAUGAAAGAGUGUAAAUAUUGGACCUAUCCUGAAGAAUUACCCCGUACUAGUGUAAUAAUUGUAUUUCAUAAUGAAGGUUGGUCAUCUCUAUUAAGAACAGUGCAUAGCAUUUUAAAUAGAACUCCUCCUCAAUUCCUAGAAGAAAUUCUUCUUGUUGAUGACUUUAGUGAUAAAGAAAACUUGAAGAAUAAACUAGAGUAUUAUAUAGAACAAUUUAAUGGUAAAGUUAGACUGAUAAGGAAUUCUGAACGUGAAGGAUUAAUUAGAACAAGAUCAAAGGGUGCUUUCAACGCUAGGGGAGAAAUUAUAUUAUUUUUGGAUGCUCAUUGUGAAGUUGGUUACAACUGGCUCCCUCCUCUAGUUUCACCUAUUGCUCUUGACAGAAAAAUUAUGACAGUUCCUUUCAUAGAUGGCAUUGAUCAUAAUACUUGGGAAUAUAGGCCUGUUUAUGAAAAAGAUCAUUUUUUCCGAGGUAUUUUUGAAUGGGGUAUGCUUUAUAAAGAAAUUGAAAUUCCAAUUCAAGAAGAACAGAAAAGAACAUAUAAGAGUGAACCAUAUAAAUCUCCAACUCAUGCUGGAGGUUUAUUUGCAAUGAACAGAGAUUAUUUCAUUGAACUUGGUGCAUAUGAUCCAGGAUUACUAGUAUGGGGAGGAGAAAACUUUGAGUUAUCAUUUAAAAUUUGGCAAUGUGGAGGAAGUAUUGAAUGGGUUCCCUGCUCUCGUGUUGGACAUGUUUACCGUGGUUUUAUGCCUUAUGAUUUUGGAAAACUCGGUAGCAAAGUAAAAGGUCCUUUGAUUACCUAUAACUAUAAACGAGUGAUAGAAACAUGGUUUGAUCAAAAACAUAAAGAAUUCUUUUAUACCCGUGAACCUUUAGCUCGUUAUAUUGAAAUGGGUGAUAUUAGUAAACAAUUGGAGUUAAAAGAAAAGCUUCAAUGCAAAGACUUUUCUUGGUUUAUGGAAAAUGUCGCUUUUGAUGUGUAUACAAAAUUUCCAGAAUUACCUCCUAAUUUGCAUUGGGGUGAAGUUCAAAAUGUUGGUAAAAAAAAAUGUCUUGAUACUAGAGGACGACAACCUCCAUCAUUAAUUGGCUUAGAAUUAUGUCAUGGACAAGGAAAUAAUCAACUUUUCAGAUUAAAUUCUAAAGGACAGUUGGGUGUAGGAGAACGUUGUGUUAAUGCAGACAGACAAGGUGUCAAAUUAGUUGUUUGUUCUUUAGGAACUGUUGAUGGAAACUGGCAAUAUGAAUCAGCUAAUAAAUUAUUAUUUCAUACGAAAACCAAAAAAUGUCUUAAUGCCCAUCCUUCAUCUACUCAAGUAAUGCUAGCACCCUGUGAUACAAAUAACGCAAAUCAACAAUGGACAUUUAAAGCAAUUAUACCUAAAUGGUGAAUGGACUUGAUUUCUAGUUAUAGAUCAUAUAUAUCAUAUGUAAAUUAAUUGCUACUUGUUAUUAAUAAUAAUGAUUAUUUAUAAUUAUUGAAAGUUAUAAUUAAUAAUUUAAACAUUUUAUUUUGUUAUUGAAAUUACAAGACUAUCAUUGAAACUACUUAUUUUAUAAUCAAAUUUUUUACAUUUGCUAAUAAAGAUAUUCAAUUUUUA